AUGAUCUCAUUCGUAUCUCUCUCCUUAGAUCCCAAAACUGCUGAAACAGAAGAUGACAUCUGUGCAGAGUGGGAAGUUAAAACAAUCACCAGUGCACUAAAAACUUAUUUAAGAAUGCUCCCUGGGCCACUCAUGAUGUAUCAGUUUCAAAGAAGCUUCAUCAAAGCAGCAAAACUGGAGAAUCAAGAAUCCAGAAUUUCAGAGAUCCAUAGCUUAGUACACAGACUUCCAGAGAAAAAUAGACAGAUGCUCCAUUUGCUCAUGAAUCACUUGGCAAAUGUUGCUAAAAACCAUGAACAGAAUCUUAUGACUGUCGCAAAUCUGGGAGUUGUUUUUGGACCAACAUUAAUGCGACCACAAGAAGAAACUGUUGCUGCAAUUAUGGAUAUCAAGUUCCAAAAUAUUGUGGUUGAGAUUUUAAUAGAAAACCAUGAAAAGAUAUUUAACACAGUGCCUGAUAGUCUACAGUCAAAUUCUCAACUGCUGUUGUCUCGAAAAAGGAGUACAGAUUCAAAGCCACCCUCAUGCAGUGAGAGGCCCUUAACGCUUUUCCAUACACUGCAGCACAAUGAAAAGCAGGAGAACAGAAACAGUAUAAUUAACUCCAGCCUGGAAUCAGUCAUAUCAUCAUCAAACAUUAAUAGCUUCCUCCAGUCCAGUAAUACUGUUCAGCCUAACAAGAACUCAGUUGAAUCUGAUGCAGAAGUUAUAAAACCCAACCGGCCAAAUUCACUCCCUCAGAAUCCAAGUCCAACGUCACCCCUUUCACCGUCCUGGCCCAUGUUCUCUGCACCAUCCAGCCCUAUGCCCACCUCCUCCACGUCCAGCGAUUCAUCCCCCAUCAGUUCCCCAUUCCGCAAAGCUAGAGCCCUGUACGCUUGUAAAGCAGAACAUCACUCAGAGCUGUCCUUCACUGCAGGGACAGUAUUUGACAAUGUUCAUCCAUCUCAAGAACCUGGCUGGUUGGAAGGAACCUUGAAUGGGAAAAUAGGAUUGAUUCCUGAGAACUAUGUGGAGUUCCUAUAAUUGGACAUGUUCAUAAACAACACUGCUGAGCUUUACAUGGUAUCCAUGACAACUGCUGAUUAGAGUAUUGUAGAUGAUUUGCUGUUUACAACUGUGAAAAGCAAGGUGAAGGACUCUGAUACCUGUUCAGAAGAAUGUUCAUGUAAAUAAGAAUGUAU